UUGAAACAGAAACAGAGCCUUGUUCUGCAAACGAUGAUGCCCCGUUUUAUAUCUUCUUCAACGGCCAAAACAAUCUCUAAAAUCCCACUUCAGUUAUCAAGAUUUAGACCCUUUUCCCACAUAGCCUUCUCUGAUUAUACCAAACAAAGUUUCACAUAUGAUCACAAAAACUCUGCUUUCACCCACCAACAAUCCCCAGCAGAAAUGGAAAAGAGCAUAUACAUAAUGCUGACUCUAGACCGCUGGGACUCACUAAACCACAUGGAAUACAGGUUAGCUUCACUGAGGCCAGUCCAUGGGAGGCUAACUUUGAAAUUCCUCAACUGGGUCAUUAAGCAACCUGGUUUGGAACUCAAUCACCUUACUCAUAUACUCUCCAUCUCUACUCAUAUACUUGUGAGAGCUAGAAUGUAUGAAGCUGCUAAGUCAAUUUUAAGGCAUCUUUCUAAAUUGGGUGUUGGUUCAAAAUCUGUUUUUGAUGCUUUAAUGAACACUUACCCACUUUGCAAGUCCAACCCUUCAGUUUUUGACCUUUUGAUUAGGGUUUAUUUGAGAGAAGGAAUGGUUAUUGAUGCUUUAGAGACUUUUUAUUUGAUGGGUUCUAGAAGGUUUAACCCUUCUGUUUAUACAUGUAAUAUGCUGCUUGGUUCAGUGUUAAAGGAACGGAGGGUUGGGUCGGUUUGGUCUUUUUUUAUGGAAAUGCUAGCUAGGAGGAUUUGUCCAAAUGUUGCUACUUUUAAUAUAUUGAUUAAUGUUUUGUGUGUCGAAGGGAAGCUUAAGGAAGCUGGUUAUCUUUUAAGAAAGAUGGAAGGGAGUGGUUAUGUUCCAACUAUAGUUACUUAUAAUACUAUUCUUAAUUGGUGUUGCAAGAAGGGGCGAUAUAAAGCAGCCUCUGAUUUGAUUGAUAGAAUGGAAUCUAAGGGUAUUGAAGCAGAUGUCUGCACAUAUAAUAUGCUCAUUGAUGAUUUGUGUAAAAACAACAGAAGUGCAAAAGGGUAUUUACUGUUGAAAAAGAUGAGAAAGAGGAUGAUAGCUCCUAAUGAAUUCACUUAUAAUACUCUAAUCAAUGGACUUAUGAAAGAAGGAAAGAUUGGAGGUGCUACUCGAGUUUUUAAUGAGAUGUUGAUGCUUAACCUUUCACCAAACCGUGUUACUUACAAUAUUUUGAUUGAUGGGCAUUGUGAUUGUGGUAAUUUUGAACAAGCUUUGAGGCUUUUGGAUGUGAUGGAAGCAAAGGGACUAAGGCCUGAUGAAGUUAAUUAUGGGGCUCUUUUAAGUGGGUUGUCCAAGCUUGCGAAAUUUGACGUAGCCAAAAGCCUCAUGGAGAGAAUAAGAAUGAGUGGGAUGGUUGUUGGCUACAGAGCAUACACAGCCAUGAUUGAUGGGUUAUGCAAACAUGGAUUGCUUGAUGAGUCUUUGCAAUUGCUUGAUAUGAUGUUCAAGGAUGGUGCAAGUCCAGAUAUUAUUACAUUUUCUGUGCUCAUAAAUGGAUUUUGCAAAGCAGGAAAAAUUAAAAAUGCAAAGGAAGUGAUAUGUAAAAUGUUUAAAGCUGGACUUGCACCAAACUAUGUCAUAUACGCUACUUUAAUUUACAAUUCCUGCAAAAAGGGUGACAUCACAGAAGCAUUCAGGAACUAUGCAACAAUGACUCGCACUGGCCAUGAUGUGGACUAUUUCAUCUGUAAUGUGCUGAUUUCUUCUCUUUGUAGAGCUGGAAGGGUAGCAGAGGCAGAGGAUUUUAUGCGUCAUAUGAGCACAAUUGAUCUUGCCCCUAACUCCAUUACUUUUGAUUGUAUUAUAAAUGGAUAUGGAAUUUUGGGUGAUGCCCUGAAAGCAUUCUCAAUGUUUGAUGAGAUGAUUAAAUUAGGUCAUUGCCCUAGUCAUUUCACAUAUGGUAGUCUGCUUAAAGGGCUAUGCAAGGGUGGAAAUUUGAGGGAGGCAAAGAAAUUACUGUAUAAACUUCACCAUAUUCCUGCUGCUGUUGACACUAAUAUCUACAAUACAAUUCUCACUGAGACAUGUAAACGGGGGAAGUUGUCAGAUGCAGUGGCCCUUUUUGAUGAAAUGGUCCAAUUUAAUGUGCUCCCUGAUAGUCACACAUAUGCUAUCAUUCUUGCUGGGUUAAGUAGGAAAGGCAAAAUGGUGCCUGCUCUUCUUUUCUUUGAAAAAGCACUAGCAAGAGGAACUCUGUCCCCAAAUAAGGUCAUGUACACUAGCUUGUUUGAUGGUUUGUUCAAGGUUGGUCAAUCAAAUGCUGCUUCAUAUAUUUAUGAAGAGAUGGAGCACAAAGGCAUAAACCCAGAUACUAUUGCAAUUAAUGCAGUGCUAGAUGGAUACUCAAGGAUGGGGAAAAUGGAAAAGGUUGAUAAUCUCUUCAUAAAGAUGCAGAGUGGUAGUCUGACCCCUAGCUUGGCUACAUAUAAUAUUCUCUUGCAUGGGUAUUCAAAGAAAAAGGAUUUGUUGAAAUGCUCUAAAUUCUACAAUAUCAUGACAAGGAUGGGUAUUUCACCUGAUAAACUAACUUGCCAUUCUAUCAUUCUUGGGCUUUGCAAGUCUGGUAUGCUGGACGUUGGUAUUAAAAUGUCAAAGAAGAUGAUCAUGGAAGAUACUUUAGUUGAUCAACUUACACUUAACAUGCUCAUCACGAAUUCAUGUGAAACUGAUAAAAUGGGAAAGGCAUUUGAUCUGUUGAAUAUUAUGAAUUUACUUGGAAUUAUUCCUGAUGUAAAUACUUACAAUGCCAUCUUUACUGGACUCAACAGAGUCUCUGCUCUCCGAGAAUCUCAUCUUCUUUUGCAUGACAUGUUGGAGAGGGGUAUUACUCCUACAAGCACACAGUGUAUUUCAUUAAUUAAUGGUAUGUGUAGAAUGGGGGAUAUACAAGGAGCAUUCAGGCUAAAAGAUGAAAUGGAAGCAAUUGGUGUGAGUUCCUGGGAUGUUGCUGAGAGUGCUAUGGUAAGAGGGCUUGCCCAGUGUGGGAAGGUUGAAGAAGCCAUGCUGGUUCUAGAUUCCAUGCUUCAGAAGCGGCUCAUUCCAACCGUCGCUACUUUUACAACUCUAAUGCACAUGCUCUGCAAGAAAGCUAAACUGUCUGAGGCUUUAAAGUUGAGGGGUAAAAUGGCGCUUUAUGGGGUGAAACUCGAUGUUGUUGCAUACAAUGUUCUCAUAUCAGGCCUUUGUGCUGAUGGUGAUGCUUUGGCUGCAUUUAAACAGUAUGAAGAGAUGAAAGAAAGGGGCCUUUGGCCCAACACCACAACCUAUUGCACUCUCAUUGAUGCUAUUUCCAUCAAUGGGGUUAGUCUCGUAAAGAGUGGAAUUCUUUUGAAGGAUUUGCAGGAGAGGGGAAUGAUAUCCUGGAAUUUUAAUGGAAGCACAGAUGAGGGUUUGAUAACUGCCAUGAAGAAUUUGAAGUCCUUGAGGCACAACAGAAGGAAAUGAUGCAAAAAUCUAGUGGAGUAGCAAUGUAAUUGGGUUGGGAAACAAAGAUUUAAGCCGCUUUAUGGAGAGCAGAAGAGGCUGGAAUGAACCUCCAUUAUCUAUCAGUUGUGCUACUCAUUAUUGGUGAAUACAUUGGUCACACUCAGAUAUAAUGGUAGUCACAUAAUAAAUAUCCUUUAAGAGAAGCUCUUGAACUAUGCCUUGACAUGUGGAAUGUGGUGCCUUUUAGAGAUUGGGGGCGUUGGUCUUAAUGUUUGAGGCUUUUAGCAAUGCCAACUUGAAUGUGCUUGUAGUACAACAUGCCACUGGAAUUUAUUGAAAAUGUUCUUGAUUAAUUAGUUGGCGGGAGGUGCGAUUGUAUCGCCUCAAAGUUUCCAGUCUCUACCUUUCUACACCUAAUAUUUCUCUUAUUAGCAGGUGCUGGAAAUUGGAACUGGCAGAAUCAACUUGAAAAUGCUCUCAUGUGGUUUAUUAGACAGUUGACAGGGUGAGGUAGAAGAAAGAUUGCUAGUGUAUCUUGAGCAAUUUGAGAAACUGGUAGGCAUAUUAAAGCAUAGAAUGUAAUUUCUCAAAAAAUAAAAAGAAGAAGAAGAAGAGGGUUGGAACAAAAUUGAAGUUGAGGGUGGAGCCAUGUCCUCCCUGCAUGUGGGUGUCAUUAGCAACUCUCUGGCACAUGCAGAAUAUCCAACAUAAAUUAGCAGGUCAGGAUUUUCUAAUCAGCACGGCCAUGUGGCCUGCAAAUCAUAUCAGGAUUGGUGAUCUAUGCCACGGCAAUAACCAACCAAUUUAUCCCGGGAAGAACAGCAAAGGUGGAGGAAGCAGCAUUUUGCCAAGUAGAGAUGAAGAUGGCUUUCGAGGGAACCAAAUCAAAGGGUACACCUUUCAAUCAGGCAAAAUACAAGUAUUGUUACAGGCGUGGCAGACAGAAUCUAGCAAUAUCAAAAGGGAUAGAGUUGCUAUGAUUGACUUUGUUGACAUUAAUUGCACUCGUGUUGUUAAUUUGAAAGGUAUAUUUCUCUAUAUUAUUAACAACCCCCCAAAAAAAAAAAGUUAUACAGCUCUCUUUCACGUUCUCCUACAGGUUCCAUCAGAAUGAGGAGUAAGAGAAGAACACCUACAGAGGGUUAUGCUUGAUAGGAGUAGAAAUAGGAAAGCAACAGGGUGGCUCUGAAUUCUGAUGGAGAAAACCAUUAUUAUUGUUAUUUAAAUAAAUUAAAAGCAUAUCCCCAAAAACACCUAACUUAGAAUUGUUUAUCAGAUCUAUAGAUCACAGUUCACAUUCUGAUGGAGAAAUAUAUGUUGCAGGUAUCUAUGGAUUAUCACUGACCA